UUGGCUACAUUCUGACUCACAACUCCGAGUGACAUGGAGUGAGAACAGUCAUAUGCUUUUCGGCUCCGCUUCCGCGAUCUUUCCCUAGAGAUCUUUCUUGAAUCUUUCAUCUUUCCACUCCGCUCCGCCCCCUCUCCGUUCGCGGUGGCGCUAUAGAGGGAGGAUGGAUCAUUAGAGGCAGGGGGCGUGUUUUUAUUGACAUUGAGUAUACUAAGGAAGGGUGUGAAGUGUGAACUGUGAAGAAGCUGAGACUUCAAGUUCGGUUUGUGAGCACAGAACAGGCCAAGACAAUACCAUGGAGGAUGCCAUCUCCCGUGGCAGCUGUGAUGACGUCUACCAGCCAUGUGAGAUGUCGUACAAGCCCGGCCUGGGCUACAGCCGCUAUUCGGCUGCCCUGCGACAGCUCAUCCCAGUCAGGAAGACCAAGGUGGAGAAGGCGGCGAUGCCGGUGGACAAGGUUGGCAUGCUGUCGUUCACCACCUUCUCCUGGAUGACGAGCAUCAUGUGGAAGGCCUACAGGAAGGGCCUCAAGGUGGACGACCUGCCGCGCAUCUCGCCGCUCGAGAGCUGCGAGUACAACGCUAGACGGCUGGAGUUUAUGUGGACAGACGAGGUGAAGCGGCACGGCCUGAAGCACGCCUCGUUCCGCCGAGCCGUCUGGAGGUUCAUCCGAACACGCAUCUUUGUCGGCAUGUCGGUGUUCGUCAUGUGUCUCAUCAUGGGUCUGCUAGGACCGACGGUGUUUAUGCGCCGUCUACUGGAGUUUGCUCAGGACGAGGACGCCCCACUCGAGGAGGGUAUCUGGUGGACGGUUGGCCUGAUCGCUUGCGAGGUGUUGCGGGUCCUCUUCUUCACGGCACUGUGGGGCAUCAACUACCGCACGGGCAUCCGCCUGCGGUCUGCCUGCCUCACCGUGCUCUACAGGAAGCUGAUGAAGCUGCCCAGUCUGGGCGACAAGUCUGUGGGCCAGGUGGUGAAUCUGUUCGCCAACGACGCGCAGCGCAUAUUCGACCUGUGCGUGUUCGGUCCGCUCAUCAUUGGCGGGCCGGUGAUCGCGCUCGGCGGCGUCAUCUACAUCGGCCUGGUGCUCGGACCGUACGCCCUGUUCGGAAUGAUCGCCUUCAUACUGUUCUACCCCCUGCAGUUUAUGUUGUCGCGGAUCACCGGUUACCUGCGCCGACGUACCAUCGUGGUCACGGACCGUCGCGUGCAGCUGAUGCACGAGAUUCUGGCCGCCAUCAAACUGAUUAAACAGUACGCCUGGGAGGCGACGUUCGUCAAACGCAUCACCGCGGCGCGGUCGUCUGAGCGUUCGCUGCUGCAGCGCGCCGCCUACGUGCAGAGCGUCAGUAUCGCCCUGGCGCCCACUGUACCGGUCAUCUCUGCCAUCAUCACAUUCCUGUGUCACGUCGGAGCUGGCUAUAACCUGACCGCCGCGCAGGCGUUCGCCUACCUGGCUCUGAUGCCUAUAAUUGAGAUCAGCCAGCACUGUAUAGCGUAUGGCGCGCCGGUGCUAGCCGAGGGACUGGUCGUCCUCUCCCGUAUGAAGUCGAUCCUGCUGAUGGAGGAGCAGCAGCCGUACGUGGAGGUGCCCAGUGACGUGAACCAGGCGGUGGUUCUGCAGAGCGCCACACUCGCCUGGGACGCCGUCGGCGGCGACAACGACUCGGCCGGCGCGGCGGCAAAGAACAAGGACGCCAAUGGCGACGGUCGGGGAGCGGAGACGGAGGCGCUGCGGCCCGCUCUGCCCAUCCCUUCCCGUGACGCGCUCAUAGACAUCGACCUGGUGGUGCCCAAGGGCACGCUGGUCGGUAUCUGCGGCCCGGUCGGAGCUGGAAAGUCGUCCCUGCUCUCGGCAGUACUGGGUCUGAUGCGACUCCGGUCAGGACAGGUGGCUCUGGACGGCUCGUGCGCUUACGUCGGCCAACAGCCGUGGAUCCUCAACGCUACGCUCAAGGAGAACAUCCGCUUCGGACACAGCUUCGACGCCAAAAGGUACUUCACGGCUCUGCGCGCGUGUUCGCUGCACAAGGACGUCACCACGCUACCGGGCGGUGACGAGACGGAGAUUGGCGAGCGGGGCAUCAACCUCAGUGGCGGACAGAAGCAGCGGGUGGCUCUGGCGCGCGCCCUGUACGCCGACAGAGAGAUCUACCUGCUGGAUGACCCGCUGGCUGCCGUCGACUCGCACGUCGGAAAGCACAUCUUCCAAGAGUACAUCAAGACGGCUCUCAAGGACAAGACGGUGCUGUUCGUCACUCAUCAGUUGCAGUACCUGAGUCAGUGCGACACGGUGUGUCUGCUGAAGGAGGGCCGGGUGGUGGAGAGCGGCACCCACGCCAAGCUGAUGUCGGACGCCGCCGAGUACGCCGCUCUGAUCAGCACCUAUGUGGAGGAGGAGGAGCAGGACGAGGCGCAGGAUGGCCAGACGGACACAGAAGUCCUGCUCGAGGUCGCCCAGUCACGGAGCGGCCUGGGUCUGACUGAGGAGGCGGUCCGGCGCGCCUCGUCUGAGGUGGCCCGGCGUCGCUCGUCCCACUCGGCUGAUGGCGCGCACACAGUCAAAGGAGACGCCACCAGCGCCGGGGCCCAGCUGACUAACGCUGAAACCCUGGAGAAGGGCGCCAUCUCUGGACGGACGUACAAGGCGUACAUUCAGGCCGGAGGCGGCUUCCUGAUGGCGUCGCUCGUAAUGAUGGUGUUCAUCGUCAACGUGGCGUCGGCGGCCUUCUCGUCCUGGUGGCUGUCACACUGGCUGGAGCAGGGCUCCGGGAACACAACCAUCGAGGUCGGUAAUCAGACGAUGGUCAGUGACCGCAUCACCGACCACCCGCGUCUCGACUUCUACCAGCUGGUGUACGGCCUGUCGGUGGUCACCAUCCUGGCCACCAGCCUCAUCCGCGGCUUCUUCUUCAUGCGAGUCACCCUCGCAGCCUCGUCUCGGCUCCACGACCGCCUGUUCCACCGGGUGCUGCGCGCUCCGAUGGCGCUAUUCGACACCACGCCCGUCGGCAGACUGCUGAACCUCUUCUCCCGAGACCUGGACGAGAUCGACGUGCGGCUGCCGUUCACCACGGAGACCUUCCUGCAGAACUCGCUGAUGAUCCUGACGUCGCUGUUCUUCGUGGCUAUGGUGUUCCCGUGGUUCCUGGUGCCGCUGGCGGUGAUCGCUGCCGUGUUCCUGUUCGUGAGAGCUGUGUUCAGUGUGGGGGUGCGCGACCUGAAGCGGCUGGAGAAUGUGACCCGUGCGCCCACCUACAGUCACGUGAUUACCACGGUCAACGGACUGGCCACCAUUCACGCGUUCGGCAAGGAGCGAGAGUUCAUCAACAGGUUCAUGGGCCAGUUUGACGACAACUCGUCGGCGUUCUACCUGUUCAACUGCUCCAUGCGCUGGGUGGCCAUCCGACUGGACAGUCUGACCGUAACCAUCACAGCGCUGACAUCCGUGUUCGUGCUGGCGUCCCACGGCGUGGUACCGGCCGCGUUCGCCGGUCUGGCCAUGGCCUACGCCGCCCAGCUGUCGGGUCUCUUCCAGUUCACCGUGCGGCUUAGCAGCGAGACAGAGGCGAGGUUCACUUCUGUGGAGAGGAUCGACGCCUACACUGCCUGUAUGGCUCAGGAGGCGCCGGCCGUGGUGCCCUCCAACCGUCCGGCCGCCGACUGGCCGCAGGCGGGCCGGGUAUCCUUCAGCCGCGUCUGCCUCCGCUACCGACCCGAGCUGCCGCAGGUGCUCAAAAACGUCACGUUCGACGUGCAUGCACAGGAGAAAAUCGGUAUCGUGGGCCGCACGGGCUCUGGUAAGUCGUCGAUCGGCGUGGCCCUGUUCCGGCUGGUGGAGCCGGAGGCGGGACGGGUGCUGGUGGACGGUGUGGACGUGUCCACGGUGGGCCUGGCCGACCUGCGCUCCAGGCUGUCCAUUAUACCGCAGGACCCCGUGCUCUUUCUUGGCACCGUCAGGUACAACCUGGACCCGUUCGACCACUACUCGGACGCCCAGGUGUGGCAGGCCCUGGAGCGCACCCACAUGAAACAGAAGGUGGCCGCCCUGGAGCUCCAGCUUCAGGCGCCCGUCCUGGAGAACGGAGAAAACUUCAGCGUCGGAGAGCGGCAACUCAUCUGCAUGGCCCGCGCCCUGCUCAGGCACUCCAAGAUCCUGCUGAUGGACGAGGCGACGGCGUCGAUCGACACGGAGACGGACUCGCUGAUCCAGACCACGAUCCGAGAGGCGUUCAGCAGCUGCACCGUGCUCACCAUCGCGCACCGACUCAACACCGUGCUCGCCUCGUCCCGGGUACUCGUCCUGGACGCCGGGCAGGUCGUAGAGUUCGGCAAGCCGUCCGUGCUGCUAGCGCAUCCCAACUCCAUGUUCGCUGCGAUGGUGGCGGCCGCUAACGCUGCCACCGGCAGUACGGGGAACUCACAGUUACCGGCGCAAGCCACAGAUGGCGCUCCCGCCGCGCCCGCCUCGAACGGCACUGCCGGAGAUAAGUGAUGUGUGCCGGUCGUGGAACCGGUUUCGAUGCGCGCAGGCCGGCGCCCGGGACGCUGUAGUUCGUCGGUCAGAUGUCACGCACUGUGUGCGCUGGCUAGGUGCGCCGCCUCAGCGUCGCUUGUGUUUGUUUGUCGUUGAAUUGUUUGUUAUGGCGUACUGCGCGGUCGAUCUCAACCGCAUAGUAUUUAGUUAGGUAUUCCAUCCAUUUUAGCAUAAUAAUUCAGCACAGGGAUUCACCAUUCGUCCGGUGUGUCAGGAUUUUAGUUUGAGAGGAGAUUUUUAGUUAAUUUUAUUUGUGAUUAAGGGCAACACAAUGGUGCAAUCUAGAGUGAUUUUUGUUGUACUUACGAUACGUUUAUAUAAAUUUAUCGCAAUGAUAUCCAACCAAAGCAUUGUUGCGCUAUUCGGUAGCUUGUGGCACAAUCAGACACGCACAGAAGCUUGCUAUUCCUGGCUUACCAUUCACUCAUGUGUGCGUAUGAUAAGAGGAACAACUUUUGUUUUUAUUCCCGUCAAGCUACAUGCCAUAAUAGCAUCGUUCUCCAUACGCAUUUGUUAUACGUUUCUUUCCAUUAGCAAGGAACAAUUGCCCUUACCGCUAGCAUUUCUAAUAAAUGUUCGAAUCAGCCCGGAAAGCGUGAAAGCAUAAUCGAGUGAAAAGUCACAAAUGUCAUAAUAUGCUUGUUCAAUGUUGGCAAUAGGGUAACACAGAAAAUGUGAUUGUGUUGAUAUCGUGUGCUUCCGUUGUCUCGUGCUGUCGCCGGAUCGACCAGGGUAAGUGUUCGUGGGAUAGGAGACGGGAACUACUGUCCCGUGUGUUCAGAGGAGUGGUGCACUGGUGGCUGGGGCGUAAGGCUGGCUGGGUUAGGCGGUAUGGCUGAGGGGGUGCCCUCGUCGGUACAGUCCUAUCCGCCGGGAAGGGAUACAUCAUACAGCUCACCGCAGGCAUCAGUUUUCUGCUAACACCUGACCCCGCGACCACAGCUGGCACGCCACGCCUGUCCGCCCGUUCGUCUGUCUGCCUGUGUGUGUAUGUGUGUAUGUGUUUCUGUUUGUUUGUUUGUGGCUAGAAGUGUGCUGUGUCGAGAAGCUGUGAGGACUUGUAUGACUCCGAGCCUUGGCGAGUGGCUUACCUGGCGACGAGUACGUGUUCCGCUGUCCUGGCUUGUCUGAGUAAUACAGCGCUUUGAA